AUGAGGAAGUCAAAAUCAGCAUUAACAGAACUCCAUCCAGACCGCGAAAGCAUCACUACAGACACUCUCCUAGACUCCAACCAAACAAUCCAAACUCAAAUCGCAAACUGUAAACAAGAAAUCAAAAGAGAAAGGGAGAAACCUCACUUAGGCCUGCGAACCACCAACCUCCAGGUUGACUCGCAGUGGCUAGGGAGUGUGAGUCACUGCCAGGGCUCCGCGGUUGGGCCUGGAUUGGCUCAGGGCGAGAGCCUUCGUUUUUCAGUAAUAACAACUCUCGUCCUUUUAUUUAUCGUCGUGGCGGCGCUUCCGGCUGCGGCGAAGCAAUGCGACGCCAAAUUUGAGGGAGGCUGUCGCGAUAAGGCGGAGUCGCUGAAGCUAAAGGUGAUAGCGAUAUUCUGUAUACUUGUGUCGAGUGUGAUCGGGAUUUCACUCCCGCUGUUUUCCCGUUCAGUUCCCAAACUGCAACCCGACGGCGACCUCUUCGUUCUAGUGAAGGCUCUCUCCUCCGGCGUCAUACUCGCCACCGGUUACAUGCACGUGAUGCCGGACUCUUUCAAUGAUCUCACGUCAGGGUGCCUGCCGGAACAUCCGUGGCGGAAGUUUCCGUUCACCACCUUCAUCGCCAUGCUCUCCGCGAUUCUCACUCUCGUCAUUGAUUCCUUCUCCAUCAGUUUCUUUAAGAAGAAGCUCGCUGCCGCUAAUACCGCUAACGGUUCCGGUACCGCUUCCAUUGAAGCCGGAGAGAGAAAGGAAGUGGAACUAUUUGGCGAUGGUGAUGUCCAUGGCCAUGCAAUUAGAGAUGCAAAAAAGGUGGAUGCUGAACAGUUACUGCGGUACCGUGUUGUGGCUCAGAUGUUGGAACUAGGGAUUGUGGUACACUCAGUGGUGAUUGGUUUGUCACUGGGAGCUUCCGUGAACCCGUGCACCAUUAGGCCUCUCAUUGCUGCGCUGUGCUUCCAUCAAAUGUUUGAAGGAAUGGGCUUAGGUGGUUGCAUACUUCAGGCUGAAUAUGGAAUGAAGAUGAAAGCUAUUUUGGUUUUCUUUUUCUCUACGACAACGCCCUUUGGGAUUGCAUUGGGGAUCGCAUUGUUGAAUGUGUAUAGCGACACGAGUUCAACCUCGCUUAUCGUGGAGGGGGUUCUGAAUGCUGUAUCUGCAGGACUUUUGAACUAUAUGGCGCUUGUUGAACUAUUGGGUUCUGAUUUUAUGGGGCCUAAGCUACAAGGGAGUACAAAGCUCAUGGUUUUGGCUUUUCUGGCAGUUUUGUUAGGUGCAGGGGGCAUGUCAGUCAUGGCAAUAUGGGCAUAG